CUGCAGUUUUUUUGUUAAAUACAUUUUUAAAUAGAAAAAAUAGUUCAAAUUACAACAACAUAACUAUUUAACUAAUUUGAAGGCAACUUUGUAUAUAAAAGUUUCUUCUAAUUGUAGACAACUUUUGCCUCAAAUUGAACACAACUUUAUACACAAAAGAACCGACUAAGUAAAUCAUUAAAAUGUUUAGAAGAGGUUUCUGUUUACUUCUCAAAAAGAAUCUAAUAGUGGAACUAAGAUCGUAUAAAAGUACUUUAAUAGAAAUGCUGCUAAUAAUUGCGAUAUUUAUAGCCAUAAUACUAUUGCAAAGGACAGACAAUGAAAAUUUAAAGAAAAGUUUUUUCCAUACAGAUGUAACACCAUAUGAUUUAGUUGAAUUUAAAAAAUUAAUGGGUAUAAAUACUGCUAAAAUACCCUACAACUUAUAUUACACUCCCAUCAAUAAUUACACCCAAAAUAUUUUCAAAAUAACGGCACAACAUUUAAACUUAAGUGCUGCCAUAGGAUUUAACACGGAAAAUGAAAUGUUAGACAAUUUUACGGCCUCCAAUACAUUAGCUGCUGUUAUUUUGCACGGUCGUAAUAUAAUCAUAAGAUUUCCCAACUAUUUUCGCACUAGACCCUAUAAAAACUAUUAUAAACCUCAAGAUUUUUGGUUAACUAGAUGUUCUGGUCUCUUGGAUACAAAUAAUAAAAAACAUUUAGAUUAUUAUAAUCGUGAAGGUUUUCUUCAGCUAUUAUAUACUCUUAUAGCAACUCAACUUAAUGUGGAAAAUCCGUAUGUGACUAAAGACUAUGAAAUGCCUAAAUUGAUUUCUAUGCAUUACAAUAUGGAACCUAAAAGAUCUUGUGUUAAUGAUAUGAAUAGAAAAACUAUAACACAAAAAACUUUUUUCAUUUGGUCUUUAUAUUAUUUUCUAUAUUUGAUGCCAUUUUUGAAUUUGUUAUGGAAAUUUUCCCGGGAACAUGAAGAAAAUAUAUUUGCACAUCAUUGGCUUUACGGAUUUUCUUAUAAUGCCCAAAGAUUUGCUCAUUGUGUUGUAACAUUAUUUCAUUUUAUACUAUUGGACUUGGUGGCAUUGGGAUUUAUAAUUUACCUUACUCCCACACUUCCAGCUGGCAAACCUUUACUUUUAUUGGGAUUUCUAAUCGUGUACAAUAUGUUAUUAAUAGAUUAUGCCAUGAUUUUUUCAUCAUUAAUUGCAAAUGGAAAAACAUCACUAUGGUUCGGUUUAACCUUAUGGAUCAUUUCAUAUGCUAUAUUCUCGGAAAUAUUAAAUUCUAUACAUUUUACAAUAGUUAAACCAAAGAUUAUACUCAUAUCUUUAGUAUUUUUCAACAAUAUUCUAUCAAAUGCUUUAAUAGAUUAUUUUCAAGGAGAAGAAAUGGAAAUUUUAAAUUUAUUUAUUUUACAAUUUGUAAUAUUAAUCAUGUAUAAGUUGAUAUUGAAAUGUGGGGAUUAUUAUUGGCCUGGUCGUUAUAUACGAAGAAGCAUUAGAAGUGUAAAAAGUAAAAGAUUAUGUAAGAAGAAUUAUGUGAAGAUUUCAACUAAUUUAUAUGAAAAUAAUAUGGAAUAUGGUCCCUUAAAUAGAGAAUGUUUGGAAUUAAAGAAUGUCUCCAGUUCCUGCGUUGACUUUAACAAUAGAUCUCAAUUGAAAAAUAUUUCCAUGAGAUUUUUUAAGAAUGAAAUUUCUGUGAUAUUGGGUCCUCAUGGUAGUGGUAAAACAUCGUUAUUAAGUAUAUUGGCAGGAUGGCAAACUUACGAAGGUCAGAUUUUUUAUUUGGGACAAGAUAUCUCUAUUAUCAAAUCCAACUAUAGAUCAUGUACAGAUGUUUCCAUGCCCAAUAAUUGUAUAUUUGAUUUGCUUACAAUACGAGAAACACUGAAAUAUUUUAUUUUAAUUAAAAAAACAAAAGAGGACCUAAUUCAGUUGGAACUGGAAUUAAACAAAUGGCUUAAUACAGUAAGAUAUACUAUAAAAGAUUGUGAUAGACUUGUAAAAACUUUAAGUUUUGGAGAGAAACGUCUUUUAAGUUUAUGCUGUACGUUAGUGUGUAAUACCUCGGUGGUAUUAUUAGAUGAACCCACUUUACAUAUGAUAUCGGAGGAUCAGUUUCGUUAUUGGGAUAUUUUAAGACAAGAAAAAGAAAAUCGCAUCAUUAUUAUUAGCACAUUUUCCGUGGAUGAAGCUGCUGAAAUCGGUGAUCGUAUAGGAAUUCUUAAUGAGGGUAGUCUAAUCGCUUGGGGUUCCAACUACUUUUUGAGAACAACAUUUGGUGUGGGAUUUUAUUUGAUAUGUUUCAUACAACCUAUGAAACCCAUUAAACCUAUAACUCAACUUUUACAUAAAUAUAUACCAAAUAUCAAAAUUCAUCAACAUUUCAUUGAUCGCGUUAUAUACCUAAUGCCAGCCGAUAGAAAACCUAUUUUCCAACGUUUACUAAUCGAAUUGGAAAAAGAUUUUAACAAACUAGGCAUCACUAAUAUUUAUAUAAGCGGCAGCGGUCUCAAUGAUGUCUAUAUGUCCUUAACUCUAAAACCAGCUAUAAAACAACCUCUACCCAAUGUUAAAAAUUCUUUAAAAUUUUUACAUGAAAAGAAAACUAAACACCAAACGCUUUUAGCUCAAGCUGUAUUUUUUAAAAAAUUAUGCCUUCAAGCUAAAAAUUCUCUAACAAUUUUUAUAAUUUUCCUAGCCUGUUUUCUCAUAAUGAUUUUCGAUCAAAUGUCUUUGGCCUGCUUGAAGGUGCAUAGUAUAAUAUUUUCGGGUGAAAGUGUAAAAAGAGAUAAUAUCAAUUUAUAUAUAGAAAUUUUAAAUGUAGACGAUAUUUCAAAUGGUUUAUUUAACUAUAGAGAUUUAAAAUAUUCUAACAAGUUGGAUGAACAGAAUCUGGAGAUGAAUUAUAAUAGUUUAGUGGCAUUAAAUGAUUCAAAACCUCAACUGUCUGUAUGGAUGAAUGAGGAAAUUUUUCAUUCAGCUCCAUUGGCUCUUAGUUUGGCAUUUAAUUAUCUUGCAAAUAACUUUACCUUCAUAAAUAAACCCAUAGAUCUGCAAACAGAUCACGAUCUACACAUUAUAUUGGGUACAAUAAUGCCUCUAACGGCUUCAGUUGUAUUUGUGAUUCUUCAAGAAGAACGUUUCAGUAAUAUGUUAACAUUACAAAGAAUUGCCGGUCUUAAUAAUAGAAUGAAAUGGUUAAUGACAUUUUUAUGGGAUUAUUUAGUAUAUUUACUUAUAUCUUUAUUAUAUAUUACCAUCAUAAUGACAUUUGUAAUAGAUAAUUCAAGAUGGCAAGUUGUUACAGCUGCCUUUCUAUUGUUUGUUCUGUCGGGUAUGGCCUCCAUAUUAUUUGUUUAUUUAAUGUCCUUAUUUAUACAAGAGGAUUGUAAAUUGAGAGCAUUUAUUAAAAUCUUUUUGAUACAAAUAUUUUUGGGAUUGUUUCCUUAUAUUUUGUACAAUAAUAUAUUACAAGAAUCUUUUGAAAAUUUAUUUUAUAUAUUCAUGAUAUCGCCGGGAUUCAGUGUAUUGCAUGGCACUACUAGAAUUUUUAAUAACAAUGAAAAAUUACAGUUCUCGGCAUAUUUCCAAUGGCAAAAUCCGGGGAUAUUAGAUUCUAUAUGUUUUAUUUCUUUUAUAACCCUUAUAUACUUAACGAUCUUUAUAAUAGUUAUCGUUCAGCGUAAAAAAUAUCUACAAUCAACUCCUAAAAGAGUCAAACAAAUGGCCUCCGUUUGUUAUCCAUACGAUGAUGAACGUGUGGUUAAAGAAAAAGUUCGUAUAUCGAAUAUGAAUAUAAAAGCUUGUAGGGCCCAGGCUAUUUUAGUUGAUCAAUUGGAAAACAUUCUACCCAAAACAGGACAACGUGUCAAUGCUAUAUCAUUUGCCUUAAAAAAAUAUUCUUGUUUGGGUAUUUAUGGUUCCAGUCAUUCGGGAAAAUCCCAUUUGAUUAAACAACUUGUGGGUGAAGAUGGCUAUUGGUUUGGUGAAAUUUAUAUAGCCGGCUUUAAGUGUAAACAACAAAUGUCAAAAGCUAUGCAACAUAUCGGUUAUUGUCCUCAAAAUAAAGGUUUUAAUUCGUUACUAACACCUCGAGAACUAUUAAACUAUUUUCUUAUGCUAAGUGGUGUAAAAGAUACAAAACGUUUGGAUCAUAUACGUGAUCUAAGUAUAACACUACAACUACGUUAUUAUAUGAAUACAAGAAUAGAAUAUUUACCUGUUAAUAUCCAACGUAGAUUAAAUCUGGCUGUAGCUUUGAUUAAUCAUAAAAAUAUCUUAAUAUUGGAUGAACCCACUAAAGGUCUGGCCGCUUAUGAUCGUCUCUUGAUAUGGAAUAUUUUGAAAUAUUAUCGUAGUUUGGGUAAUACAAUUAUUUUCACUACCAGUGAAUCCUUGGAACUGAAGGAAUUGUCAGAUGCUAUGAUUGCUGUAAAUAAUGGAGAAAUGUUGCUAUUUGAUAAUUCUCAUAAUAUGGAGUUUCAAUAUAAUGCAGGUUUUUAUCUUGAGAUUAAACUAUUAGCGGAGGGUUUGACAUUGGAGGAGGUGGAGGAAAAUUUAACUAAUGAUGUGGAAAAUUUGAAUCGUUUUAUAACGUUCUUUCAUGAUCAAUCGGAAUUGUUAUCUCGCAACGGCAGUGUACUCAAAUACUAUAUACCAGUUGAAAAUGUUAUCUAUUCAUAUGUUUUUGGAAUUAUAGAAAAAAAUCGUCAACGUCUAAAUAUAGCCGACUAUACAAUAACGCCAUUUUCUUUGCAUAAUGUUUUAAGAUUAUUACAAAUAUCACGCAAAGAAAAGAGACAACAUAAAAGAUCACGAAAAAGUGUUUUAAAAGAUGCUAAAAUUUUACCAAGAAGGGAUUAAGGAGGGGAUUAAGGAAAAUUUUCAAAUUAUUAUUGUUUUCAAAAUUAUUAAAUAAAUUUUGUAAUUUUUUAAAUACAAUUUUUAAAAAAAAUAUUAAC